UCUUCCCUCCCCCGCGCCGCCAUGAAUGAGGAAUACGACGUGAUCGUGCUGGGCACCGGCCUCACGGAAUGCAUCCUCUCCGGGAUCAUGUCGGUGAAUGGAAAGAAGGUUCUCCACAUGGACCGGAACUCCUACUACGGAGGAGAAAGUGCAUCCAUUACACCUCUGGAGGAUCUCUACAAAAGGUUUAAUCUGCCAGGAACUCCACCAGAAUCGAUGGGGCGAGGAAGAGACUGGAACGUGGACCUCAUUCCAAAAUUCCUUAUGGCUAACGGUCAGUUGGUAAAGAUGCUGCUCUACACAGAAGUCACUCGCUACUUAGACUUCAAGGUGAUCGAGGGGAGCUUCGUCUACAAGGGAGGGAAGAUCUACAAAGUUCCUUCCACUGAGGCAGAAGCUUUGGCAUCCAGCCUGAUGGGCUUGUUCGAGAAGCGCCGCUUCCGGAAGUUCCUGGUCUACGUCGCCAACUUCGACGAGAACGACCCCCGCACCUUCGAGGGCGUGGACCCCAAGAAGACCACCAUGCGUGAUGUCUACAAGAAGUUUGACUUGGGGCAGGAUGUCAUUGACUUCACAGGCCACGCUCUGGCGCUCUACAGGACUGAUGACUAUCUAGAUCAACCAUGCCAAGAAACAAUCAACAGGAUUAAGCUCUACAGCGAGUCGCUGGCUAGAUACGGGAAGAGCCCCUACCUUUAUCCGCUCUACGGCCUGGGAGAGCUGCCCCAGGGCUUUGCAAGGCUAAGUGCUAUCUAUGGAGGCACCUACAUGCUGAACAAGCCCAUCGAGGAGAUCGUGAUAGAAAAUGGCAAAGUGGUUGGUGUGAAGUCUGAAGGAGAGGUGGCUCGCUGCAAACAGCUCAUCUGUGACCCCAGCUACGUCUCGGACCGUGUGACAAAGGUGGGCCAAGUGAUUCGGGUAAUCUGCAUUCUGAGCCACCCCAUCAAGAACACCAACGAUGCCAACUCCUGCCAGAUCAUCAUUCCACAGAACCAGGUCAACCGGAAAUCAGACAUCUAUGUCUGCAUGAUCUCCUCUGCACACAACGUGGCGGCACAGGGCAAGUACAUCGCCAUUGCCAGCACCACCGUGGAGACUGCUGACCCAGAGAAGGAAAUCAAGCCCGCCUUGGACCUCUUGGAGCCCAUUGAGCAGAAGUUCGUCAGCAUCAGUGACCUGUUUGCCCCAACUGAUUUGGGCACUGAAAGCCAGAUCUUCAUCUCUCGCACCUACGACGCCACCACUCACUUCGAGACGACGUGCGAUGACAUCAAAGAUAUUUACAAGAGGAUGAUGGGCUCAGAGUUUGACUUCGAGGAGAUGAAGCGCAAGAAGAACGACAUCUAUGGCGAGGAGGAGCAGCAGUAAUGAGAGAAUCUCGUUAAUUAGGAGAAAUUGCAAAUGGGCUCAAUAUGAAUAUUAAGGAACUUAAUGAAGACUGUAAGGAAAUCCAAUAUUGUAAGGCCUGCUUUUGUGUAAUCCCCAUCUCGGAGAGAUUGAAGAGCUCUGCACUGGUGGUGAUUCCGGGGGUUUGGUUUUUUGUUUUUUUGGGAUAUCAUGUGUUAAUGAUCUCAUCUUAGGGGCUGCUGUCCAGAAUCUGGCUUAAUUACUGACUUGAUUUCCUAACUAACCUCCCUAAAGGGCAGAUCCAACCCUCCUGGUUUUUGGUAGCCGUUGGUGCAGAUCUUUGCUAACUCACUGACCAAGCUGUGUCUUUACCUUUGUAUUCUUUAACCAUUUGUAAGCCACCCUUCAUAGUUCUGUGCUUCUGGUGAGCUCAAGUAGAAGGUGAUACUUGUCACCCAAACCUGAUUCUAUCAAGGUAAAAUAGCAACUCUGAGCACUCCAUCAUUGUGGACAGCAUCCCCUUUAUUCCCCUUCCUUCCCCCUCCAUCUCUCUUUCCCAUCUAACUCUGUGGCAAAGUUGUAUCUAUCUGUGGACAAAGCCCUCACCACCAUCUCAUUGUAGCAGCAAAAUGUUGGCUUGGUUCUGGGCACAGAACUUUAACCUUCUCCACUUGGAAGCUUCUCAAACCUCUGUUUACAUCAGGUGGGACACAGCUGUGCCUAAAAGGCUCCUUUAUUAUUAUUAUUUUGGGUU